AUGAAUCAUUCAUAUAAAUAUACAAAGGAUUUUAUAGAGAAACAAGUAAAGAUACUAAAUGAGCCACUUGAAAUAACACAGUCAUUAAAAGACAUACUUGAAUAUCAGACAUAUGAACCUGAUGAACUACCUUUAUCAGAACAGCAACUAAGUGAAAUCCUAGUACGACUUAAUAGAAGAAUCCAAACUAGAAACAAUACAGUAUUCACGUCACAAGUUACUCAUCAAAUAGUUACUCAAAUCUUGAAAUUAGAACAAAAUAAACUAAAUAUUGUCAAUGAACAAUUACUAAGAAUAAGUCACGUAUUGAAACCUAUUUUAGUUCCUGAUUUCAAAUAUUUAUCUAACCAAGAUCGUCUUUAUAGACUUAUUGAACUCGGAGAUUUGAUUAAAGAAUUGCCCGAAUCUAGAUAUAUUUAUGUAUACGGAGAAGAAGAAGACGCGUCUGGUGAGGAUAAGUCUGAUGAUGAGGAUGAAGCAAUGGGAACCCAAGAAGGACACAAUGGAGAAAUGUUGGGGAAAGAUGAUCAGAUUAAAGCAAAUUAUAGAAGAAAGGUUAUAAAUCAGGUAAAUCAAUCAUAUCCAAUAGAUGAAGAAAUAGUUGCCCGUUAUAGUGAAAUAAGAGAAGAGUUAUUUGCCAUACAGAGAUCACUUUGCAGAAAGUUUGAUAAGCUCAACUACUUAAAGGAAUUGCAAGAAGAGUUGCAAAACGCUUUAGGCGUAGGGCAAGAGUCUAAAAGGGCCGCAGAAGAAGCAGAUAAUGAAAAUAUGAUAUAUGAUAGCGAUGAGGAGAUUUACAAGCAAGAUGAGGAUUCAACACAGGUAGAAGCGGAUGAGUUAGACGAUUCAUCUGUGAAUCCAAGUAGUGUAUUCAAUGAGAUUAAUAAAUUUAGAGUACUUGUUGAAAAGUUGAGUCAUUCAGUAGAUCAAAGUACGGCUUCAGGACAGGAAAUCGUACAAUUGGCCAGAAGUGUAAAUAUCGAAUAA